AUGUAUGCGCUGGGCUUCAUAGACAGUACUUUGGACAUGGAGCGUAAUUUCGGGUGCAGCCACUACGACGUGGGCUUCCGCAGCCUGGGGGGCGGUAGGGAGGAGGAAGAACAGAAUGAGACGGAGCCUACCUUGGCCUCGUUGCUUUUAAGUGGAAGAGAGGAGAAUACAGCGUCCGAACCUAAGUGCGGAGCGGCUGCAGUAAACUACGUUGGCAUGAGAGAGCUGAACCCCUUCGACGACGAAAACCUGGAGGGCGGCUUUGGCGGCGGCUUGGCGCCCCCGCAGCAGCUGGAGGAGCCGCCCCCCCCGGCUGCGGUGGGGCCACUGAUCGCUGAGAGGAAGCAGCGCCGCUACCGCACCGCGUUCACCCAGUUGCAGCUGCAGGAACUGGAGGACAUUUUCCAUCGCGUUCAUUACCCCGACGUGUUCACGCGUGAAGAGAUCGCAGGACGUCUGAAUUUGACUGAAGCCAAAGUGCAGGUUUGGUUUCAAAACAGAAGGGCCAAGUGGAGAAGACACCAGAGGGCAAUGAUGCUCAGAAAUGUGGCCCCUGUUGCCUUGGGCCCUCCUGUGGGAGUAAUCUUUGAUGGGCCCUAUCAUGCAAUCCCUGUUCUGGACCCGGCAUGGAGAUAUGUUCCUCUAGUGCCUCGGGGCCUUAUGCCUCCUGGGCCACCCCUACACCCUGGGCCUCCUGGGCCACCUCUGCCACCCGGGCCACCCAUGAUACCUAUGCCACCCCCGCCACCUGUGCCUCCCUUUGCACUGGCCCCCAUAGGGGUGGCAUGGGCCCAUGUCAUCAAUGGUUAUUUCACAGGUCCCAUUUUCUAA